UAAUAAUAAUAAUUUGUGCCAGUAACAGUAUAAUUAGUUACAAGAAAAAAAAAUACGAUAACAAAAUUAAAGUUGUUCCUACCACAAAUUGGACCAAAAGGCAGCAAAUCUGAUCAAGGUUUUAGCCCAGACAAUAAAUGAGAAAUAAAAAUAAACAAUGUGAUUGAAGAACUAUAAAAAAUUUAACAAUAAAAAAAUAUCUAAUUCUAUUUAACAAAAUUAGAGAGAGAAAAAAACACAUAAGAAAAAUUAUUUUGUAAGAAACAUUUUGUAUUUAUGUUUAAAAUUGCUGAUUUUAAGUCAGAGGAACUUCCUUGUAGAAUAAGUAGAUAUUAUAUAAACAAAACCCCGGCGAAAUAUUGAUGUUCUAUAUGAUGGUAAAGAUAUGAGACCUUUGUGUCUUUGGUUUAAAUUCUGAAUAUAGGUACGAUAUUUGAAUUUACGAUAUAACUAACGAUAACUAAAAGUCAAGUUAUUGAUCACUAAAAUCACACACAAAAAAAUCGAUUACCAUAAGAGUUAAUUUAAUAAUUCCGUCAUAAUUCCGAAAAUGUUUCCUUUUCCUACUUGUUUCUGAUAAAAAAUGGUUUAAUUCUUAAAAAAAUUAUAAUUUUUUUAUUACAUUACUCCUUCAGUGCCUCUACUCAAAAUUUUUGAUAAAAACUGUUUUAAAAAUAGAAAUGGGACAGCAAUAAUAAAAAAUAUUCCACUCUUGAGUAACCGUGACCGAAAUUCUUUGAAUGCCUAAUCGACGUCAUUGAAACCCCAAAGUGACACGGGUCCGAUACAAUUGAUAAGAAUCCUGCAAUCGGAAAUGAUCAGUCAGAAGCUCCAAACUUGCGAUCGCUUUCAGUUGGGUUUUAAUUAUGGUGUUCAAGCAAUCGUGGCUAAUUCGUUAUUACACGAGCACCGGGGUGGUCUGAUUCUCAUGUAAACCUAAUCCACAUCGUUGCAUUAUUUCGAGCAGCCGCCCAUUUAAAUAUUCAUUUAUUGUGUAACUGAUACUCCUGAAAGCCUCACCGAGCGGCAGCCCAAUCACCUCACCAACGGAUAAAUUUGACUAAAAAACUCCACAAAUCUCGCAAGCAAGUAGCACAUCGGCCUUUGAAAGGAAUCGAGCUGCGGCUAAGGCACGAGCCUUUGCUUGCAAACAAGUCAUUGUGGCGGCUCUCUGCCAAGGCACCUCCUGUGGUGUCAGGUUACCUGCAAUAAUAACUAAGCAGAUCAGGGGCAUUUGUUGUUGUUGCAGAUUAGAUGCAUGCGAAUAAUGAUAGUGCAUUACGUUUUAAUGGGGAUUUGGAUGCGCUUUUCUCUGCUGCUGCGGUGCUGAAUAUGGUAUCGUUUACACGGGAGGGGAAAUUGAAUUUGGGCCGGAUCUUUAAGCGAUUAUUUAUCUCAGCUCAUGUGUGCACAAAACUCAAAUACACACAGAUUGCAUUAGUGCUCCAGUUUCAGAUAAAGUUGGCGAGUUUAAAAAAAGACCGAAAAAUUAAAAUUGUGGCUCCAAAAUCUAUAAUUAUUAAUUAUUCGGAUCUGUGUGUUUUGACAAAAUCUUACAAAAUAUUUGAAUUUCAGGUUCAAAAACGAACAAAACUGGCUUUUAAUCUCAAAUGUGUGUUUAUAAGGAAAAAACAAAUCACUUGUUUCUCAUUGGAUGCAAAUUAAACCAAAACACUUUUAUUGCAUGAAAUAUUAACAGUCGAGUCCUUCAAACCAUUUUGAAAUCAGCUUGCGAUGAUCGACCAAUGCAUUCGCUUUGAAAUUUUUUGUCUAUGUCUUAUCUUUGCCUUUUUAUUGGUUGAGCGCAUUGAAAGGGCAUGACUCAGAUUGGCUUUCGGAAUGGCUCCACCCAAUUAAAUUCAAGUGAUUUAAACAAAACAAAACUGCUUUUAUUAGAAUAGUAACUGACAAGAAAUUUAAAGCAACUAUUUUUUUAAAUAAUUAGCUUUCUCAUCAACGUGGUAUAAAGUUAGAGAAAAAAUUUAUUUUUGGGCUAAUUUCACUUUUCGAUUUAAUAAUAAUAAUAAUAAUAAUAAUAAUAAUAAAUUAAUAAUAAACAAUAGCAUUUAUUAGAGAAAAAAUGUCGAAGUUUAGUAAAUACCUGCGGUUGAUGCGAAAUAAAAUUUGCCAUAUAAUAAAAAAUCAUAAACAAAACUGACGAUUAAUUAAAUUUUUCUACGAUUUUUUUGCCUUAUUCUUGAUAAUUUUUACAAAAUGUUUUUGAAUGAAAGAAAAAUUAAGUAAAAUUGAAAAUGGUUUUUUUUCAGUUUUAGUUUUUGUAGUUUUUGAGCAGGUAAUAAAUUCAAAAACGUGUUUAAAAGCAUAAAAAAAGUAAAAGUAAACUUGUCAUUUUCUGACGAAAUUUCGCCCAGAAACAAACGAAAUCAGUUUCAUUUUAAUUUUGUAAUUUUCAUAAGCCUAUUUUGUCAAAACACCACCAAUUUUGACUUGUUUUUUAAAUUUUCGACGUUUUUUAUCAUUUCAUGUAAAAUAAAUACUUACCUGAUUCAAAAAUGCACGGUAAGCGUUUAUUGUUUAUGGCACGUUAUUUGAAGAAGUGUGAUUAUGACCACAAAAAAAUGUUUCAACACGGAGCUGUAGAAUUAAAAAAUUCUGGACUUUAAAAAAUGUAAGGAUUAUCGAUUAAAAUGAAAGUAUUUUAAUCACUUUUAAUGGUUUGUGUAAUUAGUUAACUUUAAUUGAAAUAAUUGUAUGAAUAUUAUACACACCACAUACCUUUAUUUACUUAAUUAGAAUCUCAAUUACAUUUGCGAUCAAACAAAAAAACAUUUUUAUCCGUAGAUUUCAUUAAUUUACUAAAAUUUCCCCAUCAAAAGCUUCCAAAAACAGUUCAAAAAUUUUUAAGAGUUUUUAGUGAAUUUUGCUUGUUUUUUCGAUAAAAAAUUUGAUAUUUGCGCGGAAAUUUUUAAUUUACAAAAUAACGUUACGAACCAAAUUCAUUUAAUGCGGUUGCGAGAAUGAAAUACUCUUUUUAAUAUAAAACCACCACUGUUCGAACCCCUUUCCACAAAAGUGGAAACAAAAAUAAAACAAAGUAUCAUGUUACGUGUAAUCCUCUAGGUAGGCUUAAAACGUUAGAAACGAACACAAAAGGCACACUUACCUUUUUUUUUUCAGAAAAAAUAUAAACAAAUGACCAAAAUUAUAAUUAAUCUUUGACAUGAAAUGUAAAAUAUCAUGAUGUAUUUAUAAAGAAAUCAGCUCAUGUCCUAAUCCGUUGAUCUUUUCCCCUCGAACCCAUCUCAUUGGCUUAAGGGCCCACAAUGGGCCGUCCUUCCGACAACCAGUAGUCUAUUGAUGGGCUACCACUUUCCGCCUAAUUACCCAAGAUGUAAUCUACCAAAAAUCUAUUGAAAAGAGUGGGGACGUAUAAAAGAAAGGCGUCUGGUUCAAAACUGUAGUUUUUCGAAAAUCAUGACGGCCCAAAAAGACACGACGCAAAAUCACUCCGACUUUAGCAUUGAACAUAUUUUGAACCGAGCUGGGAGCUCCACAAGUAGUGUUAACAAUUUAGACUUGUGUGAAAAUGCCGCUACUAAUUCUGCAAUGCCUUUGGACCCUUACUCCUGGCUGCAGUGCACGAGGUAUUGCCCACCGAAAGUCCCAAUGAUUUUAGGGGCAAAUAAAAGGGAAGGGCCCCAAAAAAGACAGCUAGGGCGCCAUCCGCGCAUUCCCUUCACCAGCUAUCAGUUGUCAGUUCUUGAGGAAAAAUUCAAGCAGAGUCCUUAUCUUAGCAGUGAGGAAGUUACAAUGUUGUCGAGGCAACUUCAGUUAGUGGAUGUGAGGGUCAAAAUUUGGUUCCAAAACAGAAGAGCAAGAGAGAGGAGAGAAAGACAACAAAAUAAAAACAGUGAAAGUAGUACGAAAGAAAGUGCGAAUGUUAGGACUAGUCCUGUGAGUGUUGUUAGUGACGCAACUGUUUAUAAUUUUUUUACGCCAAAUACGAUACUGACGAAUAAUUUGGCAGGGUUUGUGCUUCCAGUUCCUAAUCAGAUUCAGGUUUUUGAAAACAGGGACGAUCGAUAAAAGUUGUGCAUUUCUAUUUAUUUAUUAUGUAAAUAUUUUAAUAAAAAUGUU